UACUAUUUGAAAUUGUAAAACUACCAUUCCACCUUCACCAUUUAGUUUAAACUUUUAAGGACAAUAGUUCUUUAACAUGUUAUUCAAGUUCUUAUGAUUGAAAAGUUUAGAAUUUGAUUUUUGGUUACCUACCGUUUUCUGUUAUUCGUAUUUCAAAUUGGGCACACGAUCUCGUGCAAAAUUGGUUGGAAUGUGUAUUUUACAAGUACUACUGUUCUAGGCAGCUUACAGUUUGCUACAUUUGACAUCUAUCUAUUUAUUUAUCUAUAUAUAGUUCCCUCCUACACAUCCUGUUAUAGAAUACCACCAUGGAACUUAAACACCUCUGGCAAUUCCUCUCAUUCAACCUCUCAACUGCACUUUCAUUUCUCCGGUUGCAAUUUUCUGGCAUGCCAAAUCUUUCAGCAAUUUUCGUGACAUUUAUUGAUGCAAUGUUAUCGUUACAUUUCCUGUUAUGUAGCAUGUCGCCAUGCACAAUUGAUUUGGAUGACCAAACAACUCUGCAUUUUUGGGUCACCAACCGUAGGCAGUUCAAUAGACCAAAUCUAGUACUAAUUCAUGGCUAUGGUGGCAACUCACGUUGGCAAUUUCUUAACCAAGUUAGACCUUUGUCUAAAUCCUUUAAUCUCUACAUUCCUGACUUGCUAUUCUUUGGCGACUCCUACACGAACCGGACCGACCGGUCCGAUAUAUUUCAAGCAAAGUGUGCAAGGGAAGGAUUGAAAAAAUUGGGUGUGGAGAAGUAUAAUGUGGUAGGGAUAAGCUAUGGAGGAUAUGUGGCCUACUACAUGGCGGAAAAUUUUAAUGAUGAGGUAAAGAAGGUGGUGAUAGUGAGUUGUGGGAUAUGUUAUACAGAGGAGCAAAGGGAGGAGCAAUUGAGGAAGCUUGGAAGGAAUAAUAAUAUUUAUGAUCUUCUUGUGCCAAGGAAACCAGAAGAUGCGAGGGAGAUGCUUAAGCUUGCUAUGCAUAAGAUCAAACCUACUAAAUGGUUGCCGGAUUCUGUUAUUUGCGAGUUCAUCAAUGUGAUAGCAAAUAAUCACAGGAAGGAGAAGCUAGAGCUGGUGGACCACUUGAUGGCUAAAAGAGCAGACAAAAAGCUUCCCAUUCUAACCCAGGAAACACUGUUAAUAUGGGGUGAUCAGGACAGUGUCUUCCCAGUACAACUGGCUUAUCAGUUGCAGAGGCACUUGGGACCAAAAUCAAGGGUAGAAAUUAUCAAGGACACAGGCCAUGCUGCAAAUAUUGAAUCAGCUGAUGCUGUGAAUAGUCUGAUAACAUCAUUUGUUUGUGGUGGUCAAUCCUAAUCCAGCAAUGCACAUACUGUAUAGAACAUAAAUAUCCAAGACUUGGAGGAUGAAUCCCAUGAGAAUAAUAAAUAUGAAAAAUAAUGAAAGUGUAGUAUUACUAUAAUGCCAAACACAGCUCCGACUUUGCCAACUUUCACAUUAUUCUGCCUCAUUCAAAAGGCGCUUGAAGUGCUGAAAGUUCACAAAUUUGGUGUUUGGCAUAUUGAUUAAAAAUGAUGGAACUCUUUCUCAAAGAUGGGCAACAAGUACAAAAGCCCUUUUAACUUAAAUUUUUAAACUUUAACAUAGUUUAAUUAUACUCUUAAAGUUUGAAAAAUAAAACAAUUACAUUAUUAAUUAGA